UGUGGGGUGGCCCCAGACCACCCCGAAGUGAAGAACGUGAUCAACACCUUCACGCAGACGGCGCGCUCGGAGCGCUGUGCCUACUACGGAAACGUCACCGUGGGGAGGGACGUCACGGUGGCAGAGCUGCGGCAGGCGUACCACGCCGUGGUGCUGAGUUACGGUGCUGAAGACAACCGGGUGCUGGGGAUCCCAGGGGAGAACCUCUCCGGCGUUUAUUCGGCCCGAGAGUUCGUGGGCUGGUACAACGGGCUGCCCGAGAACCGGGAUCUGAAGCCCGACCUGAGCUGCGAGACGGCGCUGGUUCUGGGUCACGGCAACGUGGCGCUGGAUAUCGCCCGGAUCCUCCUGUCCCCGCUGGGUCUCCUCAGGAAGACAGACAUCACUGACGGCUCCCUGGCAGCUCUCGCCUGCAGCAAGGUGAAGCGUGUCUGGCUGGUUGGGAGGAGGGGACCUCUCCAAGUGGCCUUCACUAUCAAGGAGCUGCGGGAGAUGAUAAACCUGCCUGGUGCCAGACCUGUCCUGAACCCUGCUGACUUCACAGGCCUCGAAAAUGCUAUUAAAGAUGCCCCUAGGCCCAGGAAGCGAUUGACUGAGCUGAUGAUCAAAACAGCCCUGGAGAAGCCUGGGGAGAAGACGCAGGCAGCAGCCCCCCGGGAGUGGGGGCUGAAGUUCCAGCGCAGUCCCCAGGAGGUGCUGCCCACCGCUGACGGGAGGCGGGCGAGGGGCGUCCGCAUGGCCCUGACCCGCCUGGAGGGCUCAGGUGACUCUGCCAAAGCCAUCCCCACCGGAGACGUGGAGGAGCUGGAGUGCGGGCUGGUGCUCAGCAGCAUUGGCUACCGGAGCCUGCCCUUGGACCCGGCAGUGCCCUUCGACACCCAGCGCGGCGUGGUCCCCAACAGCUCGGGCAGAGUGGCGGGGGGGCCAGGUCUGUACUGCAGCGGGUGGGUGAAGAGAGGACCCACGGGCGUGAUCAUCACCACCAUGAACGACAGCUUUGACACUGCCCAGUCUGUGCUGGAGGAUCUCCAGGCGGGCGUGCUGGACCUGUCCGCCUCCAGAGAAGGCUUUGGGGCCCCGCCCAACCGGGGGUCAGGAGGGGAGCGCGGGAGCCGCUGGGUCCGUCCCGUUUCCUUCUCGGACUGGGAGAAGAUAGAUGCCGCUGAGGUGGCGAGAGGCAAAGCUGCCGGCAAACCCCGAGAGAAGAUAGUGGAUCCUCAGGAGAUGCUGCGGCUGAUCGGUCACUGA